AGAUUUCAUGAACCAAAAGGGUUCCUCUGAGUUUCCUCUGUAGUUCUUUCCUAAUUCCUAUCAGCCAAAAUCUAGGAGCAUUGAAUCUGUACUCCGCCGUUAGCCAUGGAGUCGAACGGAAUUGAAGCCUCGCAAAUUCACCAAGAAAUUGAGUCACUGAAGGCGGACAAGCUUAGAAUCGAGCAGCGAAUUUCAGCACUUGAAGCUCAACUUCGUCGACUCGACACAAGUGAUGAAACCAACCAAAGCGGUGUUGUUCGCGAUGCGCCGAUAUGCUUUCCGCCUAUAUCUAACGGAAAGUUAAGCUCCGGUCAUGGCCUAUCUCCUGAUAAUAUUUACAGAUACAGCCGCCACUUGUUGCUUCCUUCAUUCGGCGUCCAAGGUCAGGCAAAUCUGUUGAAAUCUUCGAUUUUGGUUAUUGGAGCUGGAGGCUUAGGAUCACCUGCUCUGCUCUAUCUUGCUGCUUGUGGUGUUGGCCGGAUAGGCAUUGUUGAUCAUGAUGUUGUUGAGCUUAAUAAUUUACAAAGACAGAUAAUCCAUACUGAAGCAAAUGUUGGCCGCUCAAAGGUGGAGUCAGCUGCUGCUGCUUGUCGUGCGAUUAACUCAUCCAUUCAGAUUGUUGAGCACAAAGAAGCGUUCCGCACAUCCAAUGCUUUGAAGAUUACAAGCCAAUAUGAUAUUGUCGUAGAUGCAACGGACAAUGUUCCUAGUCGCUACAUGAUCAAUGAUUGCUGUGUUGUGUUGGGAAAGCCUCUUAUAUCUGGAGCUGCAGUUGGACUAGAAGGGCAGUUGACAGUCUACAAUUACAAAGGAGGUCCAUGUUAUAGAUGCCUGUUUCCAACCCCGCCCCCCUCAACUGCAUGCCAGAGAUGUGCGGACAGUGGUGUAUUAGGUGUAGUUCCUGGAGUCAUUGGAUGCCUUCAAGCCCUAGAGGCUAUAAAAGUUGCAAGUGACAUUGGCGAACCACUCUCUGAACGCAUGCUUCUCUUUGAUGCCUUGUCAGGACGGAUUCGUAUGGUCAAGAUUCGAGGAAGGUCAUUGCAAUGUAAAGUUUGUGGUGAAAGUGAAGCACUGACAAAACAACAAUUUGAAGAUUUUGACUAUGAAAAUUUUACUCAAUCCCCACUUUCUACGGGUCCGUUGAAGUUAAAUCUGCUUCCACCGGAUGCUAGGAUCAGCAGCAAGGAGUACAACGAGAGAGUUUUGAAAGGCGAAGCUCAUGUAUUAGUAGAUGUAAGGCCAGCUCAUCAUUACAAGAUUGUUGCACUUCCCAACUCCAUAAACAUCCCACUCCCGUCUUUGGAGGACCGAUUGGCUGACCUAUCUGAAACCUUACGAAAUGACGAUAAGGGAGAGAGCAGUAGAAGUUUGGGCGCUUCUCUGUAUGUCAUUUGCAGAAGAGGCAACGACUCACAAAGGGCUGUUGAUUACCUCCGUAAAGCGGGUUUCUCUUCGGCUAAGGAUAUUAUAGGGGGCCUCCAGUCAUGGGCCAGUGAGGUGGAUCCUGAGUUCCCUACAUACUGAUACAAUCAAAACAUAUUACUCAUUGUACCACUGUCGGUUUAGAUUUCAGUUAUAGUGUAUUACGUUAUAUACAAUCUACAUUUUACUGAAUUCAGAUAUGCGGAAAAGGUGCUCAUUGGCAGCUGAGUUUGUUUGGUACAAUGAAUGUGUGAACAUCAAGAUUGUUGUUGUAAUCUUGAUUCAUAUCUAUAUUCAUUCGAGUUGAUGUGACA